AAAAAGUGUGCGGGCGAGUGCGGGCUUUUGGGCUGGUUGUUGGGUUCUUAUCAAAAGAGUUUAUUUGUCGAGCUUUCUUUUCUUUUUUUCUGUUUUUUUUUUGUGUUGCUCUUACCCAGCUAAAAGAAAAAAUGACCUUCCUUGCAACUCUCAACCGUAUGGCUCCUACCGCUGUUAAGCGUGCUGCCACCGCUUCUAUCAAGCCCUCUGCUGUUGCUCUUUCACAAAAGCGUUUCAACUCUACUUCUGGCACUGAGGUUAGAUAUUCAUUUUUUUCGACACUCGCAGCUAAAAAAAAUUUUUCGAAUGAUUUAGAUGACUGUCCGUGAAGCCUUGAACCAAGCUUUGGAAGAAGAAAUGAACAAGGACGAAACUGUUUACAUUAUGGGUGAAGAAGUUGCUCAAUACAACGGUGCCUACAAGGUUACCAAGGGUUUAUUAGACAAGUUUGGUCCUAAGCGUGUCAUUGAUACCCCUAUUACAGAAAUGGGUUUUGCUGGUAUUGCUGUUGGUUCCGCUUUCAGUGGUUUGAAGCCUGUCUGUGAAUUCAUGACCUUCAACUUUGCCAUGCAAGCUAUUGAUCAAAUUGUUAACUCUGCUGCUAAGACUCACUACAUGUCUGGUGGUAUUGUCAAGUGUCCCAUUGUUUUCCGUGGUCCCAACGGUGCCGCUGCUGGUGUCGGUGCUCAACACUCUCAAGAUUUCUCUGCCUGGUACGGUUCCGUUCCCGGUCUUAAGGUUGUCUCUCCCUGGAACUCUGAAGAUGCCAAGGGUUUGUUGAAGGCUGCUAUUCGUGAUCCUAACCCUGUUGUCGUUCUCGAAAACGAACUCGAAUACGGUACUUCUUACCCCAUGUCUGCUGAAGCCUUGUCUGACGAUUUUGUCAUUCCUAUCGGUAAGGCUAAGAUUGAACGCGAGGGUAAGGACAUCACCAUCGUUUCUCACUCCAGAACUGUCGGUUUCGCCUUGAAGGCUGCUGAUGAUUUGGCCAAGAACGGUAUCUCUGCUGAAGUUAUCAACUUGAGAUCUAUCAAGCCUUUGGAUACUGAAACUAUUUUCAAGUCUGUCAAGAAGACCAACCACAUCAUCACUGUCGAAAACGCCUGGGCUGCUUUCGGUGUUGGUUCUGAAAUCUCUGCUCAAAUCAUGGAAAGCGAUGCUUUCUGGCACUUGGAUGCUCCUAUGACUCGUGUCACUGGUGCUGAUGUUCCCACUCCUUACGCUGCUAACCUCGAAGCCCUUGCUUUCCCUGACGAAAAGGUCAUUGCCAAGGCUGCCAGAGACAACUUGGAUAAGAAGAUUGGUUUCUAAAUAUCUUUAGUGUAAAGAAAAUAUAUAUAAUAAUCAUCUACAAGUAUAUUCUCCCUACAUUUUUAUUCUCUUUUUUUUUUCAUCAUCAAACACUGCUCUAUAGAUUAAAAAAAAAAUUUUUUUUCUUAUGUAUUUUCUUAAUUUAUGUCAAGAAAUAUAUAUAUUACACAUAACUAUCACAAAAUCAGGUUGAAAAUACUACAUAACUGUUCAUAAAAGUCAGUUUCUUACGUUUGAGCAAUGUUGAACAAACAAAAUGAAAAUCAAGCAUAGUGUCGUAAG